AUGGAAAAUCCAGGAAAAGAAAUUAGAACAAAAUUUAUUGAUGCAUUUGAUCAUUGGCUUAAUGUUCCUAAAGAUAAAUUGGCAUUAAUCACCACUGUAGUUGAAAUGUUACAUACUGCUAGUCUAUUAAUUGAUGAUGUAGAAGAUAAUUCAAUCUUACGAAGAGGAGUUCCAGUCGCACAUACAAUUUAUGAGGAAUUAUUAUGUCUUCACCGUGGUCAAGGAAUGGAACUUUAUUGGAGAGAUACAUUGACAUGUCCUACAGAACCUGAAUACAUUCAAAUGGUUUCAAAUAAAACUGGAGGAUUAUUACGUUUAGGUGUUAAACUUAUGCAAGCAGCCAGUAAAUCUAAAGUAAAUGACGAAUAUGUAGCUCUUGUGAAUAUUAUUGGUAUUCAGUUUCAAAUACGUGAUGAUUACAUGAAUUUGCAAUCUGAAAAGUAUGCCGAUAAUAAAGGAUUCUAUAUUUUAAAACAACAUACAACUUCUAUCGAUCUAAAACAUUAUGCGGUAAAACUUAUGAAAGAAUCUGGUUCCUUUGAAUAUACUCUUAACUAUUUGGCACAAGUUGAUCAACAAGUGCGUGAUAUGAUUCAUAAAUUAGGUGGAAAUCCCAAAUUAGAACAACAAUCGGAUAGACUUAUUCGCAAAAGAAAUUUGAAGGGGAAUGACGAAGAGGAAGACGUUGAAAAUUUAUCUCAAGACAUUGUUUUGGCUUCUAAAUCUUUGCGUGUAUUGGAAUUACGCCGAGAAAUUACUUCAGCCAGAGCAGAAUUAUCAGAAGUAAAAAAUCAAAUUAAUAAUUAUGGUGAAAAUAUUUCUGGUAAUUGGCUUGAUUACGUUCAAGACAUAAUGGAACAUUUAUCUUCCCUAUUGAAGAAAGGAAUUGAAUCUGCAUCAGAUGAAGUACCAAAGCUUGAAGAUGGUGAUAAACAAAAGUAUUAUGAUGAAUAUGAAAAUUCUGAAGAAGGAAAAGAUUUUUCAUAUUAUGGAAGUCCUUAUGAAAAUCGUACUUAUGGAGAAGAUUUAUCGUCACCAUCAGAAUCUUCAACAAAUAGUAGACCUUCCAGUAUUGUACUUCCUAUCACAGAUUCUUUAGAUCUUUUUCAAGAUCGUCGAAUCAAACAACAACACCAGAAAUCGCCAGGAAGACGUCAUACAAUAGAUAGUGAAGGUACAACUGCUGUACGUUUAUUCAUUGGUAAUCUUGGAUCAUUACAAAAAGAAGCUUCAUUAAAACCUCCAUUUAAAGCUUCAACAACAACAAGUAUUUCACAAGAACAAACUAGUGCCAAUAAUACAAAAUUAAAUGAAGAAUUUGUUGAUGCUGUUGAGAUACAACAAAAUGAUUAUUGUCUUAAGAAGAAUAAGAAGAAAAUGGAUUUCAACAAUUAUUUAAACUCUUUUGGUCAAUCCAAUCCUCCAUUGAAAAGAUCAAGUUCAGUAUUUUCCUUACCAACAAUUCUUGAUCCUGUACCGGAAGAUAGUUCUUUAACUCGUUGGGUCGAAUAUGAAGAUUAUGAGGAUCCAGAUAUAAUAUCAUCAUCAUCUUCUUCUUCACCAUUUUUACCAUUUUCAUUUGGAAGAUCUUCCUCUACUCCACCAGAUAAAUCAAAUUUUCAAAUUAGUCUUUAUCGCUCUAAACCCAAAAAUUUAUUUGCAGAAGAAGUUAAUGUCAGUAAUCCAAUACGAAUAGGUACAGGCUAUGGUUCAUAUAUAGUUUAUACUUGUUCAGUUAAAGGUCAAGAGGGAUCACAUAUUACAGUAAGAAAAAGAUAUUCCGAGUUUAUUACAUUAAGAUCUCAAUUAAUUAAAGCUCAACCAAAAUAUCGAAAAUUAAUCCCACGUUUACCACCAAAACAAGUUAUGGGAAAAUUUAUGCCAGAAUUUAUUGAAAGACGACGUAAAGAUUUAGAAUAUUUUUUAUCAUAUGUUUUACUUCAUCCGGUAUUAGGAUCAACCUUGGUAGUAAGGAGAUGGUUUAUGGAUUAA